AUGACCGACAGUUCCACCUUCGUUGUCGACGAUAUCGGCCGUGUGUCCCAUGGCAGGGUGAGAGCAAGGAUGGCGACUUCGGCGUGCAUUGAAUAACAGUGAUAGUGGACUUGCACCACAUCUAGCGCACUAGCUCCUCCUCCCCACCCCUGGCUCGGCGCCAAGACAGAGUCAAGACGAUUGGGAGACGGAAUAGUGCACAGGUGGUUCGCACGGCAAAAACUCGCACAUGAACGUACCACCACACGCCAUGGUCCACAACGCACGCUGACAAAGGAUAGGAAUGACCGAUACGCAGCUAGCCGUAGGACAAGGGUUUACUAACAGUCCCCUGUCCCAGGUAUUGUAAUUCACCCGGUUCCGCAUAGGUAAAGUUGACUGGCAGACAAAACGGCUACGUCGGGUGUGCAGUAUGGCGAUAAAAAAAACAGCCCACUGCGACUGACACAAGGUUGAAUGUUGAGGAUGCAAACACAUCAAGCCCACAGAAGUGCGAAGAGGCAAACAGGAAGACUGCGGUGAUGCACGCAUUAUCAAGCGGUUCUCUCUCCCUGUGUUUGUGUGUGUGUGUUUUGCCCCACAAACGGACCACGUGUUAGAUGCGCUGGACCAACACGGGGGACACAACGGAUUCUGGCCGGCGUUACCUUUGCGGAAUAACAAAUUCCAACAUGCAGGGGGUGAGUUGGCAGUCCCUGUUGUCGGCAGCCAUCGCACAAAUGGAGUCACUACCACACCCUCCAUUGUCGUGCGGUAAAAUCCUGGUCAUUUUUGUGUGGACCAGGGGGUGCGGAGUGGAGCGCCAAGGCGAGGAUCCGUCCGAGCCAUCCACCUGCGGCCUCCCUCGUCUCCGGUCUUCUUGGCUUAGUCUUGACACCGGGCUCAGGCGGGACAGGAGGAGAGAGUGUAGGUAGAUGCAGCGAAAGUCUACUGGCACUAUAAACCCCUGCGCAAGUCACCGUCACUGCUCCCACCGCUGCUGCAGCUGUGGGGCACACGGUGGACAUCAUCGAAAUCGACGGUCGAAGUGUCGUAUAUGUGUGUGUCGGGGAGUAGGGGUGUCCAGCGGUGGGUUCACGUGAUGGUGGUAGUGGUCGCUCACUUGCUUGCAGAUGAGACUACGCCUAGCGUGUAUUUGCUGGCACCCACCUCUCACAUGUAGCUCCAUGUAGCUGGGCUGCUGAGCGGCCACACCCCGGGUAACCGCCUCGACCGGCGGGCUAAAGCAGGUGAGGGGGCCUUGUGCGCGGUGUGCCGCGUUUACAGAUUAUUGCGGAUUCCGCUGGAUGGAUGGUCGGACGGAACUCCGCGUCGGCAUCGUCGUGACGAGACUCCGUCUGAUACGCCGCUGACAGCCGGUGACGGGAUGGAUCUCUACAACGACAUCGCCUGACGCGCCCACAUACGCCGUCGGCGACCGCGGCUUUAUGCAACUUCCAGUCGUUCUCCACUACGAACAAAAAGUCGUGGCCCCAUAGUGGAGUUCGUCCGCACCAAAACGGCAUCUGGGCAGCCAUACUCUGGGGUGACACUGCCUGCCCUCACGACGGAAGUGCAUAGAAAACGUGACCUAAACAUUCCUGGGCACCACGCUGUCUGCAGGCUAGCCAGGAUCGCCGAUAUCAUAAACAUGGUCGAAACAAUCAAAAUCGAAAUAACAACAGCAACCACAACAGCAGAAACAGCAACAACAACAACAACAACACUCGCUAUCCUCCUCAUCAUACCUCCUCUUCCUCUGUCUAUUCUUCUGCCUAUGCUUCUCCUUCGUCACCUUCUCCUUCAACUCCUUCCCGCCGCCCCACGCGUCGCCAGACUGGCAGGGUGAGUCUGCUCACUCUGGCAGCCUGAAAUAUUCGUUCCAUUUUAGACAAUCCGUGGAGAACCGUUGGUGUCAACUGCGAGACACGGUUCAGUCGACGGCGCUCGCCGUCUUCGGUCGCGCUCCCCCCAACACCAGGAGUGGUUCGACGACAACGACGCCACCAUCAGAAAUCUGCUUGCUGAGAAGAACCGCCUACACAAAGCCUACGUAGAUCACCCCACUGAUGCCACCAAAGCUACCUUCUACCGCAGUCGCCGCCAACUUCAGCAACGACUGCGAGAGAUGCAGGACGCCUGGACUGCUCGCAAAGCUGAGGAGAUCCAAGGAUACGUGGACCACAACGAAUGGAAGAACUUCUUCUCUGCGAUCAAAGCAGUCUACGGUCCGCCGACGCAGGGCACUAUUCCUCUCCUCAGCGCCGACGGCCGUACCCUCCUGACUGAGAAGACACAAAUCCUACAGCGAUGGGCCGAGCAUUUCCGACGCGUCCUCAACCGCCCCUCCGCCAUCUCCGACGACGCCAUCACCCGUUUGCCGCAAGUGGUGACCAACGUGGACCUCGACCUCCCGCCAUCUCUCCAGGAAACUAUCAGGGCCGUGCAGCAGCUCUCUAGCGGGAAAGCACCCGGAUCGGACGCGAUCCCUGCUGAGGUCUACAAGCACGGAGGUCCCCAACUGAUGGAUCACCUGACAGCGCUCUUCCAGGAGAUGUGGCGUCAAGGUGAAGUCCCGCAAGACUUCAAAGACGCAACAAUCGUGCAUCUCUACAAGCGCAAAGGGAAUCGCCAAGUCUGCGACAAUCACCGCGGCAUCUCCCUGCUGAACAUCGCCGGGAAGAUCUUCGCUCGCAUCCUGCUCAACCGCCUCAAUAAUCAUCUGGAACAGGGCCUUCUGCCGGAAAGCCAAUGCGGCUUCCGUCGUGGGACCACGGAUAUGAUCUUCGCAGCCCGCCAACUUCAGGAGAAGUGUCAGGAGAUGCGGACCCACCUGUACUCUACCUUCGUGGACCUGAAAAAAGCCUUCGACACGGUGAAUCGUGAAGGGCUAUGGGGGAUCAUGCAGAAAUUCGGCUGUCCGGAGCGAUUCAGUCAGAUGGUGCGUCAGCUGCACGACGAUAUGAUGGCGCGAGUCAUGGACAACGGAGCUGUCUCAGAGGCAUGCGCAGUGACCAACGGAGUGAAGCAGGGAUGCGUGCUGGCGCCUACCCUCUUCAGUCUUAUGUUCUCUGCCAUGCUGAUGGACGCCUACCGCGACGAACGCCCUGGGAUACGCAUCGCCUACAGGGCGGAUGGUCACUUUCUGAAUCAACGGCAGAUGCAUUUCCAAUCGCGCGUAUCCACAGCCACCGUUCACGAACCUCUUUUCGUCGACGACUGCGCCCUGAACACCAUCUCGGAAGAGGAUAUGCAACGCAGCAUGGACCUCUUAUCUGCUGCCUGCGAGAACUUCGGUCUGGUUAUCAACACACAGAAGACGGUGGUCAUGCAUCAACCGCCACCCAACUCAGCCACACCCCUCAAGGAGUCGCGAAUCAGCGUGAAUGGGACCCAACUGCAAGUGGGGGAGAACUUCCCCGUACCUAGGCAGUACCCUUUCCCACAACACCAAGAUCGAUGACGAAGUCGCCAACAGGAUCUCGAAAGCCAGUCAAGCCUUCGGCCGCCUCCAAAGCACAGUUUGGAAUCGUCACGGUCUCCAACUGAGCACGAAGCUGAAGAUGUACAAGACCGUCAUCCUGCCGACGCUGCUGUACGGAGCGGAGACUUGGACGGUGUACACAAAGCAGGCACGCCGACUGAACCACUUCAAUCUCAGUUGUCUUCGUCGCAUCCUGAGGCUGAACUGGCAGGAUCGAAUCCCCGACACUGAUGUACUGGAACGGACAGGAAUCCUCAGCAUCUACACCAUGCUGAGACAAAUGCAGCUGCGUUGGAGCGGCCACCUGGGGCGCAUGGACGGCGAGCGACUCCCCAAACGACUCUUCUACGGAGACGUCAUGACGGGCUCUCGCCGCCAAGGUGGUCAAAUUCGUCGAUACAAGGACACUCUGAAGUCCUCCCUGAAGCGUCUGCAAAUCAACCCGACCAACUGUGAAGAGCUCGCCAGCGAUCGUCCGACCCGGAGGACAACAGUGAAGACGGGCGCUGCUAUCUACAACCGCAUCGUCGUCGACAAAGUGAAACGCGAAGGACGCAAAUCACAACUGUGCCCACUACGUAACGCCAACACACAACCGCUACGUACGUGUCCUCGGUGUCAACGGACAUUCCGGGCUCGAAUCGGACUUGCUGGACAUCUUCGGAUCAACUGCGCAUCUCGGACUGCACCAACCGUCGUCCCGCCGUCCGCAUCUUCCCCGUCUUCUCUGCCGCCAACUAACUCUGACAAUACUUCUGAACAAACACUUUCAUCUUCCUCCUCCUCCUCCUCCCCCUCCUCCUCCUCCUCCUCCUCGGCCUCCUCCGCCUCCUCCGCCUCCUCCGCCUCCUCCGCCUACUCCGCCUCCUCCGCCUCCUCCGCCUCCUCCGCCUCCUCCGCCUCCUCCUCCUCCGCCUCCUCCGCCUCCUCCUCCGCCUCCUCCUCCUCCGCCUCCUCCGCCACCACCACCACCACCACCGCCACCACUUCCUCCUCCACUGCUGCAACGACGGCCGCUCAGGCGACUGACACGAACGCAACAACCGACACCACAUCCACUGCCUUCGACUCCAGAGAUGUUGAUCAGGACUACACCUGCCCUCACUGCGACCGCACCUUCAACUCACACAUCGCCCUGGUUGGUCACUUGCGAAUCCAUCGCACAGACACUAGCGAACCAGUGUCAGAAGCAUCAACCUACACCCACCAAGCUCGCCUCACUGCCCACACUGUCCUCGCACAUUCACGCAUCGCAUGGGUCUAUUCGGCCACAUGCGCAUUCACGUGA